AUGCUCGACCACUUCAGCAUCCUUACCCAGGGCGGCCUCGUCCUGUGGAGCCGCUCCUUCACCCCGUCCGCCUCGCCCUUCGACUCGCUCAUCCGCGAGGCCCUCAUCGAGCAGCGCGCGUCGUCCACCACCGACACGUCGUCGGCGUCCGUCUCGAGGUGGGACAAGGACGCCCACGCCCUCCUGUGGCUCCUCGCCAACGACCUCGACCUCGUCUUCUGCGUCGCGUAUCAGCGCAUCCUCUCGCUCCCCUACGUCGCCGACCUCCUCGAGGCCGUCCGCAAGGCCUUCCUCCGCGCCUACCGCGACACGGUCCAGGCCAUCGUCGACUCGAGCGCCCGCGGCAAGGACGUCCUCGUCUCGGCGGCCACCUCGGCCGGCGCCGGCGUCGGCAACGCGGCCGCGUUCGGCCUGUUCGGCAACGACGGGUGGCACAAGCUGUUCGAGGGCUGGGACGAGACGUUCAACCGCAUCCUGCGCGACUUUGAGGCGAGCGCGGCCAAGAACAAGAAGCUCAAGCCUCGCACGCCAUCCGGCGUCAUCGACGUCGGCGCAAGCCCAUCUUCCUCUGCGAGCGAGGCCGCAACGCCAUCCCUCGCCAGCCCGUCCGACGGUGCACUCGACGCGCAGACGAUAGCGCGCAACAUUGCUGCGCUCAAGGCGCGGCAGAAGGCGGCGCAGCGCAGCAGCGGCAAGGGAGGGAGGAAGAGCGGUCCGGGGACCGAGAGCGAGGGGGCAGGGUCCGAGUCCGACGGUACGCCGACCAAGCCUCGCCCUCGCAAGGCGGCGACCAAGUGGGCCGACUCGAACAUCUCCGAGGCCGACCUCGCCGCGUACGACUACUCUUCGGGCGCGCCCUCGCCAGCCCGAGGCGGGGGGCGUGGCUCGUCGUCGCGCGCCGGCACGCCCGGGCUCGACGACGUCGAGGUCGACACGCGCACGCUCGUCGACAAGGCGGCGCUCGGCAAGCGCGUCGACGGCGGCCUGUACGAGGUCGCCGACUACCAGGUCCGCGGUCGGCGAGGUGCGGCGGCGAGCGAGUCGGACGACGAGGACGACGACGAGGACGGCGAGGACGAGGCGGCCAAGGACAAGCCCCAGUCGACCCUGUCGAGCUUCUUCUCGCGCCUGUCGAUGCAGCCCCGGGCCCUCACGGCGCAGGACCUCGCGCCGACGCUCGCCGCCAUGCAGCAGCACCUCAUGGCCAAGAACGUCGCGCGCGACAUCGCCGAGCAGGUCGUCGCCGGCGUCGGCAAGACGCUCGAGGGCAAGAAGGUCGACGCCGGCCUGUUCUCGUCGUCGACUCGGGCAGGACGCCGGGCGGUGCGCGAGGCGCUUCACGACGCGCUCGUGCGCAUCUUGACGCCCAAGACGAGCACCGACCUCCUCCUCGAGAUCCAGCGCAAGCGCUCGUCGGCCGCCGCCUCGUCGAUCGCCGCCGCCUCGAGCAGGAACACGGCCAACAAGGGCGCCGAGCCGUACGCCAUCACGUUCGUCGGCGUCAACGGCGUCGGCAAGAGCACCAACCUGUCCAAGGUCGCCUUCUGGCUCCUCCAGAACCGCCUGCGCGUCCUCAUUGCCGCGUGCGACACGUUCCGCUCGGGCGCCGUCGAGCAGCUGCGCGUGCACGUGCGCAACCUGGGCAAGCUCGACGACGAGCUCGCCGGCGCGAGCGCCGCAGGCGAGAAGAAGGUCGAGCUGUUCGAGAAGGGCUACGGCAAGGACGCGGCGGGCAUCGCCAAGGAGGCGCUCGCGUACGCCAAGCAAGAGGGCUUCGACGUCGUCCUCAUCGACACGGCGGGACGCAUGCAGGACAACGAGCCGCUCAUGCGCGCCCUCGCCAAGCUCAUCGCCGUCAACCAGCCUGACAAGAUCAUCUUUGUCGGCGAGGCCCUCGUCGGCAACGAGGCCGUCGACCAGCUCACCAAGUUCAACCGGUCGUUGCGUGACUUUAGCGGGUCGGCGGGCGCAGGCGGUGGGGCGGCAGGAGGUGGGCCGGGCAAGGGCCGGGGCGUCGACGGCAUGAUCCUCACCAAGUUCGACACGAUCGACGACAAGGUCGGCGCGGCGCUCUCGAUGACGUACGUCACGGGCCAGCCCAUCUACUUCGUCGGUACCGGCCAGACGUACUCGGACUUGCGCAUGCUGCGCGUCGGGCACAUCGUCCAGGCGUUGAUGCAGGACUGAGCGGGCGGCGGUCGAGGCGGUCCGGGAGCGAGGCGGGCGAGGUGCAUCCCGACGGUUCACUUCGUUUCCUGUGCUCUUC